AGUGAGAGCUCUUCGCCAGUGUCUCCCCUCUCUCUCUCUCUCUCUAGCAAUCAGACAGCCGUUGCCAGACGAACGAGGCAGGCAGAAACAACAUGGACCCGAACACGACGAUUCUGCGGGUCAAGAGGAAACGCGGCACCGACCCUGCGGACGCCCUGCUGCUGGCGUGCAAACGCAUCCGACCGGAAACGUCCCAGGGCUCCGGCGAACCGGUACCCGAGCCCGAUGAGGCCGACGUGGAGAACUCCGUCUUCAAACUCGUGGCGACCGUAGCGACACAGAAUGCUCCCGUCCAGACGCAGGUGCGACAGGCCAUGGCCAGGCCCCGCAUAGCCCACGCACUGCGCCCCUCCGCCGCCAGCUCCCAGCGGAUAACCGGCGACCUGCGGAGCACGAAGUGGAGCGCGCGCAGGGAGGAGCGCUACAGAAUCCUCUCCAGCCAUCGCACCGGGCUGCCGAGUGCGGCCGAGCAGCCAGCCCCCCGGACAGACGCCCCGGAGAGCGCGGCGCAGUCUGGGAAAGAGGAGGGCAAACGCUGGGGUCCCGGGGAAAUCCAGGUGGUCGACCUGGUCCACGAAGACGUCGACGAGCAGGGGAAGUCUUCCGGCAAGGCGUCCUCGGACCCGGAAGUGAUCCUGUGCAACAACACAAAGUUGCUGCGCGAGCGCCUGAACAUAUCCGGACAGCGCCUGGACGCAGAGCAGCGCGAGCGGGACGAGGACGACUACGUCUACGACCUGUACUACCAGGAAACGGUCACACCGGGGUGGAUCCAGGACAUCCUGUCUGUCAGGGCCUACGCCGAUGAGGGAGAACUGGUGCCCGACCUCAUCGUUCACGAAGAGGAGGUGUACGAGGACGAGGACGAUGAAAACGAGGAGGCCAACUGGAGGAACGACUACCCCGACGAAGGAAGCGACGCCGACAGCGACCGGGAGGAGCGCUAUGGCGGCUACUGGGAGGAGGAGCACUCCUACAGCCGGAGGAGCUGGGAGCACUACCAGAGGGAAGUGCUGCACGAGCUGGGCCACCACGAUGAAGAGCAGCAGCAGCAGCAGCAGCAGCAGCAGCAGCAGCAGGAGGAGGAGGAGGAGGACGACGGCGACAAAUACAAUUCCGAUUGAUCUAACCCUUCACCCCCCCGUUCUGUCAGUGGAUCUUCCCAGUUCACCCCCCCCCCCCUCCUCACAGAUAACACCAUACCCCAUAGACAUCUGUGUAGGUGAGAGUGGAGUAAAAACAGCUGAUUGAAUGGCACAUUAUACGGAAACAUGCCCGCAAACCAAUGUCCUUCAAGAAAAAAUUUAUAAUUCACGUGUAGCACUCAUCAGAUUUUAUUAGUAAAUUCCUGAUUUCAAGUUUUAAAUAAAGAAAUCGUACCCUAUAUUUUCCAAAAGUUAAGUUUCACGUGCCAAAGAAUUAUAAAGCCGCUUAGGUUCUAAACGUCUAAAAUGCAAAUUGCGUACAUUCCAUAAAUCCGACACCCGACAGUGUGAAAUCAUUUCUUUUCUACACAGAUUGCGAAGGGGGUAAGCUGUUUCCAGAAAAGAUCCGGUGUCUUUAAUUGUUUUGUUUUUUUUAAACUGGUGGAGUGAACUUGUGUGUGGGUGUUUGUUCAAAGUGGGUGGGUGUGUGUGUGUGUGUGUGUGUGUUAGAAAUGUUGCACAUUAGUGUGAAAUGCCUCGUAUGCUUUGUGCCGUUAACAAUUCUGUGAGAGAGACCUCUCGGGUCGCGCGUGGUUGGAAUUUAGGGUGUUUGCAUUUUUUUCUUUUGCAUGGUAGCGUGUGUACGUAUAAUUGUGCGUGUUAGAUUUUGUUUUUGCAUAAUGUGGAGGCGUGGUGCAUCAUUUUUUUGUGGGUGUGUGAGUUUGGUUUAUGAUCCCUCCCCCUUUGAAUUUCACAUUGUUUCUCUUGGAUACUUGUCGAAUUGAAUUUUUUGUAAAUAUGUAGAUGUGUAUAAAAGGAAAGCUUUCAAAAUAAACCUAAAACAAUG